AUGUCUGACGUUAUAGACCAAGAUCAUCAUGCCUUGGUUGAAUCAACAACCAACCUUGUGAUAGAUAACGAUGAAGCUGAAUCAAGUAAAAAUAGCCAUCCACAGGCAAUGACAAACAUCACGAGCACGUCGCCACCACCACCACCAGCUUCCUCAGAGGCAAGCACAUAUAUAGGUAAUACCACUGUUGAUUCGUCGAUAAAUACAGAAUUACGCAACUCGAAAUCGUACAACACAAUCAACGAAAGCAAAUCCAUUAAUGAUGAUCUUGUUCAAAAUAAAAUACUUUCGUCAAAUCCAACUGUUCCAACUAUACCCUCAAUCACAACCGACAACACGUUUGUUAGUGAACCAUUUGCAGAAUCACUUAGCACGUCGCCCAUGUCGCCUACCACACAACCAAUUCCUCAUGAAUCAUUCAAGUCUCAUUCAGCUACGUCUUCGACGUCGACGCUUACACCUGAAGAUCAAGAACGUAUAUCCACAAAGGAAAAGAAUUUGGACGAGAUUAAACGGCAAUGUUCAUGCCUAAUUCAUGAAUUAGAAGGCAACGAUCAACCAGAAGUCAUCAUCAAAAGACAUAUUCAACAGUUGAAGAAGUAUAAUGAGUUAAAAGAUGUUGCCUUACAGUUGGUUACAUUGAUUGCUGAUCAAAGACAAGUGAAAACAACCGAUAUACUUAAUGAAAUGAAACUAGAAGUUGGCGAAGAGGGAAAUGAAAUAUAA